AUGACGGACCACCAAUCCUUCAUUACUGGUCUGGAUGAAGCAGACCAGCUAAUGAUUCGGGAUGGUGCGGGCGUGGGAGACUCCAAGCGGGGUCCCAGCUCGUUCGACGACGCGUUGCAAGCACAAGCACAAUCACAAUCACAAGCACCAGCGCCAGGUGCAGCAAACGACAACCCCGACAUGCGCACCGCCACGAUUACGCCGGCGCCCAAACCGACGACUGCAUCAGACCUGUCCGAGGCCCAAGCUACGCUUCGUCAAGCGUUCCCCCACGUCUACACCUCUUCGCGGACCCCCUCCAUCCGCUCCUCCUCGAGCUCGUUGCAGGCCCUGAAUGAGGAUAUUGUGGUCGAUGCUCGCACCCAGCUGGGCAAUAUUGGACGGAGCCCUCGGAGGUCAUCGCGGCAUUCGGACCAGCGGCCCGAAUACCCCGUUUAUCCCGACCAGUCCUAUGCCUCUCUCCAGUCGCAAGUCCACCCAACAUGGCAGCCGCCAUGCCCACGGUCGCGGAGCUCGUAUUCGUCGCCAACGACCGCGGAAGCCCCACCUCGAUUUCCCCGUGUGUCCCGCACCGCGGGCAAUACCCCCGUGUCGAGCCCUGGGCUGUUCUCAGUGAGAAGCCCGCGCACUACGCCCCUGGGAUCGGAUGAUGAAGGCCGGAUCAGCAGUCCAUACCUCCAUCCCACACACCUGCAACCACCUAAGGAAACUCACACCGCCGAGGUGGAUCGAGAUACGAUCACGGGCAACAAGCUCAUCAACCAGUACGAGAUCCUCGAAGAGCUUGGGCGAGGAGAACACGGCAAGGUCAAAUUGGGUCGCCACGUCACAACCAAGCAAAAGGUUGCUAUCAAGAUCGUCCAGCGGUAUUCCACACGCCGUCGAUUAGGCAAGCUGGGCAACCCCGAAGACAAAGUGAAGAAGGAGGUGGCCAUCUUAAAAAAGGCACGGCACCCCAACGUGGUGAGCCUGCUGGAGGUCAUCGAUGACCCCAACCGACAAAAGGUCUACAUUGUGUUGGAGUAUGUCGAGAACGGCGAGAUUGUCUGGCGGAAGAAGGGGCCUCGAGAGAUUGUCCAUGUCGACAAGCUCCGGCUCGACCGAGAAAAGAACGGAAUACCCGAAACCCCCGCCUUUUUGGAAGAGAGCCAGCAGUUCAUCCGGACGGCACAGCACCUCCGUCGACAACGUGAAAGGGCACGAGAGCGGAUCGAAGCGCAGGCCGCCGACGCACAACAAGGCCCGAUCCCAGCGUGGAGUCUAGAGCACGGCGCGGAGUCUUCAGACGAAGAAGAAGGGGGCGACGGACUUGGCCUUCCAAUACGACGGACUUCGACUCGAUCCACGGCGCUCCUGGAUGAGAACUCGCCGAGCCAGGGUUCCGCCCAAGACGCAGUGGCUGCGGUUGAGGGUAGUAUGUAUGGUGCCUAUUCGGAUUAUCCAUUCGAGCGGCGUUUCAGUACGGCAUCCAGCAGCCUUGGGUACGCUCCAUCUGAACCGGAGUGGUCUGCGGAUGGAGACGACUUGUCAUACGUCCCUUGUUUGACCAUUGCCGAAGCUCGCAAUGCAUUCCGCGACUCUGUUCUUGGCCUGGAGUAUCUGCACUACCAGGGCAUCAUUCAUCGUGAUAUCAAGCCGGCCAACCUCCUGGUUACCAGCAGUCAUCGUGUCAAGAUAUCCGAUUUCGGUGUCUCGUACCUGGGACGACCGAUGCGCGAUGAGGAAGAGGAGCAGGUUGGCGAGACUGAUGCUACAGAGUUGGAUGAUGCUCGAGAACUGUCUAAGACUGUGGGCACGCCUGCCUUCUACGCCCCUGAGCUGUGCUACACGGGCGAUGAUUUUGUGGACGAUAUUGGAUCUAUACCCAAGAUCACUGGCGCUAUUGACGUCUGGUCCUUGGGCGUCACACUGUACGGGAUGAUAUAUGGCCGUCUUCCUUUUGUUUCGGACGACGAGUACAGUAUGUUCCAAACAAUUGUGAAAAAGGAGGUCUUUGUCCCGCGAAAGCGUCUCGUGCCCGUCAUGGACGACUCUGUCUCCAUCUCCAGCCAACGGGACUGCCGCAGCGUUAACGAACUUGUCUAUGAAGAUAUUGACGAUGAGCUGUACGACUUGAUCCGCCGCCUUUUGACUAAGGACCCGAUUAAGCGAAUCACAUUAAAGGAGAUUAAACACCACCCUUGGACCCUGCACGGCCUACCCAACCCACAGGCGUGGGUGGAAGAGACAGACCCAGCCUACCAGAGCAAGGGCAAGAGGAUCGAGGUCUCGAGCGAGGAAGUCACGAGCGCUGUCAGCAAAGUGCCCUUCAUCCAGCGUGUCCGGUCCAACGUGGCGAAGUGGUUCUCUGGCCGGUCCAAGGACAAGGAACCGCGCAAGCGGGGCUCAAACAACUCGUCGGACACCUUGUCAUCCAUGGCCAGCACCAGCACAUUUGGAAAGACGUCGCGCGAUAGCCGUCGGUCAAGUCUUCGUGGUGACGAGGAAAUCUUCCGGACGUCUAAGUUUGCAACCCUUGGAGAACACCCUCUGGCCCAAAGCGUCACUGCCAGUCCUGUCGACGAGGGAACAUCCUCAGCGUCUUAUUUCGAUACGACACCGAUCCCUGAGAGCAAACCCCCGGCGGUCGCUCCGACAGUGACACCCCGGCCUGGUCCUCCUCGACGCGCCAAGUCGUCCAUGUCCACUGCCGAAUCGACCAAGACGAUCAAGCCCUCCGCUCUCGACACUCAUGCCUCCCGCCCACGCACAGGCACACCUUCGAUCAUUGAAGCUCUCGGCACUACCAACUUUGGUAGCCUUCUCAGCGGCGCCAGUCGACGGGUCUUUACUGCGAGUCGCAGCAGACGCAAUUCACCAUCUGGCGACUCGGCAUCGCUGGCAUCUUUCGAUUCGGAGCGCCAUUCGGAGCCUAGCCUUGCUAUAAGCAACGCCUCGGCGAUUGGCCAAGUGCGAACAACGGGCCUGUGGCACUCUGAGACACCUUCACCCGGUGAAGGCUUACUGCCCCCGUCCGCCCACCGACGCAAUAGGUCACAGCAACUUGUCGGCAAGUCAUCGGCAGAGUCUUUCCAUCUCACAAGAGAAGCCCUGCUCCGCCGUCGGCGAAGCGACAUCGAGCCCAGUGCAGACGACGGACUGGCUUCGCGAGUAGAUUACGCGAUGUACUCGACCGAAUCUCUGGCGCUCCCCACGAUGGCUCCCCCUCCCGAUCACGGAUGCCCUGCCGAUCCUCCGAACGGCGGCCUCACCGCCUCCACGCCGUCUGCGGCGACGAUCUCCUCUUCGUCGGCCGAGGACUUCACCAGCGGCAUGUCGCAGAGCGCUUCGCACCCCAGCAUUCCGUCUGUGGUCUCAGGUGCCUCAUCCUUGUCCGGCGAUGGGCUAUACCUCCAGUUGAAAGACAAAAACUCGAACGACUCGAACCAAGUUCCAUCUAUCCUCCGCACGGGCGAGACCGUCAAAGCCCCUCGCCGUCCAGGCUCACCACGUCCCGAGGAGGAUGAGUCGAGGUACUACUGCGACGACGAGGACGAGGACGAGUCUGAAGACGAAGGCCUCGUGAUUGGAAAGAAGAAGCUGGGGCCCAAGCCCGUGGCGAAUUCUGCUCUCGACUCAUGA